AUGCUGUCAGAUCGAGAUUCCACUGUAGGCUAUGCCAUCGAUCUCCUUCGAGCUCAUCAACUGCGACGUGAAAAUGCCUUCUUGCAUGGAGAAAUGCAAACCUGCCGCAAGCAACUCACUUCGAUGCAAGAUGAUUUGAGAGAGCUCAGUGUCAUCGUCCAAGAAUGCCGUACUGAUUCUGCAAGAGCACACUCCCUGCGGGACUUGCAAGCAGCAAGAUUCGAAGAACAGACCCCUGAGAUCGAGCGCCUUCGACAUGACGGUGAGAAGUUGAAGGCAGAAGUGUCCAAAAUUCAACUGGCCAACGAACAAGCCCUCGAGAAUGCGAUGGCAGAUAUACGAUUGCUCCAGGGACACGUUCAGCAGGAGAGGAUUGACCGCCAGAGGACGACUGGUGCACACCAACAUCAUCUGGAUGCGAUCAACGCUCGAGUCGAGAAGCUGGAGGUCACGAUUGAGAAGAAAGCCGAGAAGACAAUUAUCGAACCACUUGUCGGUAGACUAAACCACCUGGCGGUCUCAGCACUUCUCCCACGUCCUCGCCUGGAUUCUGUUAGCCUUGUCCGAGACAGCCUUGAAGGAGAGAACGCUGCUGUACAAGUCCAGAACUCUCAGCCAGAGAAACUGCACGGCGUAUCCGUUCCCCCUCCACUAAGUCUGGGUCAUGGUGCCACCAAGAUCACCGGCCAGCCGGCGAUACCUUCUGAUCUCGACCUGGACGCAAAUGCCAAUACGAUCAGCUAUGUUGGCCAUCAAUACUACAACGUGGGAGAGAAUGUUUCACUUCGUCCCUUACCAGAACCACAAGCUCAGGCCACACAACUCGCCAAAGUCAACACACUCAGGCAGAAGAGGUUUGAAAGCUGGGAACAUUACUACUCACAGGCCUUGAAUCUGAUCGAGGCCCUACCACAUACGUUCGAGGAGAUCAUUGUGCGAAGAUAUGUCGAGGGAAUCUUUCAGACUGCUCAAAGGAAACAAUGUCAGCAAUGGAUGGACUCAAAAGGCUGGACUUGGGAAAAUAUUGCCUCGUUCGGCGAUAUGUGCUCGCAAAUCCCUGAACACUCGCAGAUGGACGACAUCUCCACUACCUCGGUCGCAGCUGGAUACUCUGAGAAGAUUGGGCAAAUAUUGCAGCAAAUGGAGUACAAACCGAAACAAAAAAGAGAAGUGUGCUUGGACAAGCCUGCAGCCAGGGGCCACCCGGCAUCUGGAGUUGCGCUUCUGCGUCGAAGUCAGCGCUUGAUCAAUAAAGAGAGCCAAAAUAUUACACUUGUUGCCCCGGAGUCCGGGCCAUUGACCCACCUCGAACCACCAGCACUAGAAGAAGGAAAGAACAUACAAAGUUUGUAUUCACGGAAAGGAAAAGGGAUCAAGAUGUCCUCACGACGCAAAGGGCCGGAAUCUCGUGUCCCGGAGACAAGGCUUGACAUGAACCCCAGGCUAAGCUAUACAGAAAUGCAGAAUGGAAGCGCCGAAGACGUCUCCGAGCACAAGUUUGACGAGGGACAAACGCAAGAAGCACAUGGAGAUGGGAAUGAAGAAUUCCUUCGCCGUGCAUUGCAGCCGCAGUGUGUGGCCCAAGAUAUUCGAAAGGAUCGGCACGAGUCCACAUUGCAGCAACGUUUGGAUCGUCACCCCAGCCAGGUCAGAGACCCGGUGGCCUCCGUCCCGCGGCUUGUACCACAGAAGCGAAGACUCCCGGGGGUGGCAGAGGAGAGCAGUGAUGAUGUGCCAUACCUGUACAGGCAGCCGCCGAAACGAACUAUUGGGCUAGAGUUGCCAGCAAUUCGGCACAAGCGUUCAGAGCGACGACUUCCUCUGCCACCACCACCAGAGAUCCCAAUAUUGCCGACCUCGAGCGACGAGUGA